AUGGCCGACAGCAACAAGGCUUCCUCCACUCAUUUAGUGGACGAAAUGCUUGCUCUUCCACCAAGAACACAAUCUUCUUCCGAACCUUCUCCUCUUGUUACGAUGAAUAAACAUCAACAAAACGAAAUUAAUGGAAAUAUUAACAAAUUACCAGAACAACCAACCGUUCAAUAUCGACUCGAGUUUGAUGAAUUAUCGGAACGUAAAGAAAAGCGAUUGAAAGACCUACUGAGAAAUGAUGAAUAUCAAUUUAAUUAUCCUCUUUAUAAUUUCGAUCAAAAGAAUUAUAGACGUAUUCCAUACCUAGAUCCGAGAUUUGUUGCAUUUAAACAACAUGUAGAAGAAGGUUUUGCCAUGCAGCUUGCCAAACAUAGACAAAUAGCAGACAAUCACAAGAUACCUCUCAUACUGUCAUCAUUCAUUACUUCGACAUUACUUUGGAAGAAACCGAAAGAGAAAGUAACGAAUUAUAUGCUUUUCAUCACUGGAACACUCGGAUUCAGUUACUUGUAUUCCAAUAAUUUAGCCUAUGGUGGUAUGAUUAAUCGAGUGAAUAUUGAGACUCAUCGAAUAUUGAUUCACGAAAAAAAGACGUAUGGACAGAGUGAACAACAAUUGAAAACAAUGGCUGAGCAAAUUGAUCAACAAAUUGAAAAGGAAAUGAAGGAGAGAGAAACAACACCAGGUAAUGAUGAUUUAAGAGAAUGA